CUCACACGCUGCUGUGGCGGCAGACUCGGAGAUGUGCUCCGGUAUCGGCAGGCAAUGUGACAGUAAUUAAUGCCAGAGAAGUGGCUCCACAGAUGGUGAGGCCAGGUUUACUCAGUGGGUGUGGCCCUUUUCCAAAACCAGAUUCAGGUAGCCAGUGGGUUGCUGUGCCAGGGGAACUGAGAGGUUACUGGGAAGCCCACAAGAAAUUUGGAAAAUUACCGUGGAAAACCCUGUUUGAACCUUCAAUACAACUUGCACAAAAAGGCUUCCAGACCCCAAAGUUUCUGAAACUGCUUUUAAAUAAUAUGUUACUUCGCACUAAACUAAAGAGUUCAUCUCUGAGUUCCCUGUUUUACAACCGUACUGGUAGUCCACGUGAAAUCAUGAAGAAUGAACAGCUUGCAAAAACACUGAAGAUUAUUGCUGAACAGGGGCCCGAUGCUUUCUACAAUGGCAAAAUUGGACGUGAUCUCAUUUUGGAUCUACAGGAAGAAGCUGCUAACAAUUUAGAUGGCAUUUUAACACGUCAAGAUUUGAAACAAUACAAAGCUUCCAUCAUGGUACCCCUGAAUGUUUCGGUGGGUGACUACGUGAUGUACUUCCCACCUCUGCCAUCAAAGGGAAUCAUUGUCAGCCUCGUCCUCAACAUACUGAAAGGCUUUAAGUUUUCUGUUGCGUCUAUGGAGGAAAAUCAAAGGGUCCGGACAUACCAUCGUAUCAUAGAAGCCUUAAAAUUUGGAAAUGGACAGCUAAGUAAUCUGACGGAUUCGACGUUCUGGUCAAAUAUAUCCCAGCGGCUGUCUGAUGGGUUUGCUGAAUCUAUGCGACGGCGUAUUGAUGAUCGAGCCCAUUCCCUGGAAUACUACAACAUUGACCUUCAGGCACCCGACUCAUAUGGCACCAGUCACGUUUCAGUGAUAGACAGACAUGGCAAUGCGGUUUCUGUCACUAGCUCAAUCAAUUAUUUAUUUGGUAACAUGAUCUUCUCUAAUCGUACGGGAAUUAUCUUGAAUAAUCAGCUAGCAGACUUCUGCCGGAGUUCAUUUGGAGAUAUUUCAGGAAAGCAGCCGCCUUCUUCCAUGUCUCCAAUCAUACUAAUAUCACAGAACAGAAAAUCCAUCAUGACGGUGGGAAGUUCUGGUGGCAGUAUGAUUAUCAGCGCUAUUGCACAGAUCAUUAUGAACAAGUUAUGGUUUGGGCUCAACAUGAAAAAGGCAAUUGAGAAAAAAAGAUUAUAUGUGAAUUCAUCUAAUGUCUUGCAGUUUGAAGAAGAAUUUGAUAAUACUGUCAUUGAAGCAUUGAAGAAGAAAAACCAUCGUAUCAAUGACUCUGCGAUUCAGCUGACAUCUAUUAUUCAAGGAAUAUUUAAAGAUCAAGCCUGCAUCGAAGCAGUGUCAGAUACCAGGAAACAUGGAAAAUCUGCUGGCUACUAGCACUUCAGGUCUGGACGUCACUUCAGAUAAACCAGACGACUUCCCCUGACAACAAAGAUGUAGUGUUUAACUUUCUAUCCUCGAAUCUGUGCCAGACAGUGUGGGAAAGCUAGACUGCAUCUACCAUUUGGUCAGUAAGGUAAAGCCUCAACUUGCUCAAAAACAUGAAACAUCAAUCACCGAGCAACCAGGCUGCCUAGUGAAUCCUGAGCCUUUUUGGACAAUGAGUUUGAAAUGAACCGAGCUGAGUUUUUAAUUGAUAAAUUAGAAAGAGGUUGUUGAAAAAGAUGGGGCCAAGGUUGUUCUACAUCACAAAUCAGAGUGCCAUAUAAGUCAGUCCAAUAUUGACACUCGGUGGUGAAAGAGAUAGUUAUUUUGUGUAUUACACAUUUAGCUUUAAUGUAGCGCAUAUUGAUAAGACUUGCUUCCUUUUACAAUAGUAGUUACAUAUCAUUCCAACUGUGGUUUUAAUGUCAUUUUUAAUUGGGAAGGAAGAGAUUUGUCAAUCUUAAAACAAGUCAGAUCCAUCUUGUAGCAUUUUUCUGUUAAGUACAUGCACUCAGUGUAAGGUAAUUAUGGGAACAAUGAUAACUAUAGGAUUACACUGUGAAGCUCUGGAUUAACACUGAAGUUAACCCUUAAACUGGACUGGCAAAACUUCUUGGGCUAGAUUGAACCCGGAGUCUGGAUGCCAGGACAGCAUUACAUUGUCGGUUGAUUGAGAGCUCGAAGAUGAAUUCAUUAUGUAAUUGCAAAAAUGUUACCGACCUAAAACCAGCCAUUACUGAUGGGAUUGGAAUCUAAUUAAAGUGGUAAAUUUGGAUUUAACCAGUUAUGAACUGUGAUAAUCUAAUGUUGACUAGUCUACAGUGACACUUUGAUUGAGAGUUUGUGUAUUACUAAACUGUGUGCUACAAAGACUGUGUCUCUUGGAUUGGAUUUUAAUGACCCAGCACUGGUUGUUUGGAAUUGGAAAGGGUGGGGUUGGCCCAGUACAAUGUAGUUAGGGCUGUGUCCAACCUGUCUCCCAAUGAAGGGCCAAUUGAGUGCUUCAUCUUGCCCCUACCAAUAUUUUACCCACCCAGGUCCACAGAAGUGAGUAGCUCUACAGCUUUCAUUGCCUAGCUUUACAUAAGCAAGGAGGCAAUUUUGAGGUCUGUUACGUACCUUGGAGGAAAACCCUUAAGAGGUCACACCCCUCCCCUUUAAACCUUGCCACCCUCCCCUCUCUGGGGCUGCUGAUACACUGACGUUAUCGGACUCCCCAGGCUCCAUUUCCUCCUCAUCUUCAGGCAAUGACCACUCCUAGGACUACAGAGCUGUCAGCCAGUGAGAAUGUCCAAGACAGGGCUCCAUCCCCAGAUAGGAUUGAAAGUCUCAAUCUGAGUCAGUUAGAAACAUAAAAUACCUGCUGGGUUUUACCAGUUUUUUGGUGGGUGUGGUGGUGGGGGAAUGGGACUCCUGACUGUCAGGGUUCCGGGGAAUACAUUAAAUCAAAACUCUUUUUAUUUUCCUGAUGUAGUCACUGUGGAUGGGUCAAGGUACAUACUGACUUUCAAAUUUUGAAAUCAGCGUUGUUCAGCUUCAAACGCGAGCUGUAGUUUUUUUAAAUUUGUUUUAUUUUUGCAGGCCUAUUAUGUUAAUGAGUUUCAAACUGGAAUAAAGCAUUCCAUUUGGCACAUGCACUGGGCACUGUAUAAUCCAAAAACAGGAUGGGGAAUAAAGUCUUUUUACAUUGUCAGAACAAAGUGUCUGUCUCAAUUGGAACUGUCCCAAGACCAGUCCUGCCCUUACUGAAUAAAUGGAACAUGUUUCAUUUCCCAUACGAGCUACCUAACCAUUUUCCUCAAUGCCACUGCCAGUUAGACUGGUGGUUUUUGUGCAGGGAGCUCAUGCCAACUCGAAGUUAGUUGGAAACCAGCCAAGUUUAAUGGCAUAAGACUUUAGAGCAGUCAGAGGCUUUCACUCCAUUGAAAUUAGCCCUCAAGUUUGGUCAGGCUCCUUUUUAAGUCCAAAUUGCCUCACUGAGAAGUUGCGACUUGGUGUGGAUGGAGCAAUUGUAGGGCUGUGACAGUGAUCUGUGAAAAUAAUUGUUCACUCAAAAGCCCAGAUUGUCAAUCACCUCUUUGAGGUUCAUUUGGAUUUGUCACCCUCCAGUGGUCAUAGCAUAAAAUAUCUCAGAUGAUGGUCUAAACUAUGCACGUACCAUGAAGUCACAGAAUCAUUGAAUCCCUACAAUGUGGAAGCAGGCCAUUCAGCCCAUUGAGUCCACGCUGAGGCCCAUCCUCCUCCUUUAUCCCAGUAGACCUGCAUUUCCAAUGGCUAAUCCACAUAGUCCACAUAGCCUGCACAUUCCUGGACACUGUGGGCAAUGUACCAUGGCCAAUCUACUUAACCUGUACAUCUUUGGACUGUGGGAGGAAACCGGAGCACCCAGAGGAAACCCACACAUACAUUGGGAGAAAGUGCUGUUAAAUUUUUUUUACCAAGCUGUUACUAUUCCUAGUUACUUAACAGGAGCUCAUGGAAACUUAACAGCCAAUAUGGUCACUUUAGUCCAUUUUCCUCCUCCUUACUCUUUGAAGGCACUCGUACUCAGAUCCUUUUUUGCCUUGUAAUUCCUUCAUUCAACUCGAGUACCUGUCCAACUACCUUUUCAGGUAGAAUAUUCCAGAUCUAGACAAUUUAGGAAAAAAACUGUCUGAUCUCUAAAUGUUUUGCAGUGAGUUAAACACCAGCGCCACCCCCCCCGCCCCCGCCACUCCCAUGACUCUGUUCAGCCUUAAUUCUGAAACUAGUACACUGUUACUAGUGAUGUGUUACAUCAGUUACUCCUUGCUCAACAAGAUGCAGUAAGAUUUUUACUGGAAUGGCAAGAUGCAGCUAGUUAUUCCUGUGUUUUUUUUUUACAGGAUUGUGUUUUACAUAGAGCAGUACAUCACAGUACAGGCUCUUCGGCCCAUGAUGUUGUGCCGACCUAUUAUCCUACUAAGAUCAAUUUACCCUACAACCUACCCCCUGUUUAGGGGGAUGCUAGCUGCAUACUUAAUGGGGAAGCGCAAAAUCACUGAUGGCAACUUCUGCAUUCUACAUUUAACUGCAUAUAUAUAUACUUGAGACAUUGCAGUCGCUUUCAGAGCUGUCAAAUGAUGUCAUAUGUUGACUGUUUUUUUGUCACUACCACUGCAAAAUUGGAGCGAAUGUGAUUAGCCCACAGCAUGAAAUGUAAUGGUUCCAGAAUUGGCACUGUAUUCAUGUGUAAAAUUAUUCUAUUUGCACUGCAAAAAGCUUGUAUUCUAUUAUUUUCUUUCUAAAGGAGUCGCUAAUGCAAGAGUAAAACAUUGCAGAUGCUGGAAAUCUGAAAUAAAAACACAAAAUGCUGAGAAAAACUCAGCAGAUCUAGCAGCAUUUGUGGAGAGAGAAACCGAGUUAAUGUUUCAGACCAACAAACAACCUUUCAUCAAAACCUGCCAAAUAUUUUCACCAAAGAGUUGCUGACUUCUUCCCAGAUUAUCCUUCCAGUAUAUAAAAAACUACUGAGUGAGAUUUUCUAAAAUGUAAUAUUUCUCUUCUGGAAUAAGCUAAUUCAUCGAAAACAUUUCCACUACUUUACCUUGAAGGUAAAAACAACCAAAAACAAAACCACAGGCUUGUUUGUUUUACACAAUGGGAAUCUUACACCUUAUUUGAAUGUUAACAAUGCUUUGUUGAAUACUUUCCUCAUUGUGACAGCACUCAUGUUCUGGCAAUGGCAUCCAGCCUUCCACAGGGUCGUCUGACCAUAUAAUUCCACACACAAAUCAAAUGGGUAUUACACCACUGUCUCAUUAAAUGUCCAAAAUAUGUAAUUAAGUGCGAUGGUAUGCUUGCUAGAAACAUGAACUGAAGAUUCUGAACCAUAGGCAUUCAAUGUGAGUUAAAAAGAAAAUCCAAAGAUUUUUUUUGUUACAGUUGAAGUGUUUUGUUAUUAAUUUUCUUGUAUAUACAUAUCAUUGCUGAAACUGUAUACAUACAUGUUAUUCCUGUGACAUUUUUAGUUUUUGUUGUUAUUGUGACUAUCUAAUCACCCAUUACUGCUGUAAGUGCUGUGAAUGUUAUUGUUGAGAUUGGCCAGAGUGUUCAUAGUUUUUUUUAAUCAAUAAUUCCAGUUUGGAUUAUGAACGUUUGUUUCUUAUUUACAUUCAAUAAAAAAUUUUAUCUAUAAA